AUGCGCGCCGUCGUGACCGUCGAUCCAUCGCUUCGCCCGUCGUCCUCGUCCGCGAACGACGUCCUGCGGCGACCCGCGCGGCGCUCUGUCGCCCUCCGAACCAGAGCGCGCGUCGAGGGGACGACGGAGAAGACGCCGACGGCGCAGAGCGCUCACUCCAGGCGGGACGUGUUACGUGUCGUGUUCGUCGCCAGUUCGCUCGCCUCCGCGCCCGCGCGCGCGGUCGUGGACGCGGGUGAUUGGUCUUCUCCGGGAUUGCGCUCGGAUGGGCCGCCGGCGAAGUACGAGCGACGACCGAGCGGGUUGGUGUUCGAGGAAGUGAACGAGGGCGCGGGCGAGGAGGCGAGAGCGGGCGACGUAGCGGUGUUCGAGUACGUCGUGCGCAGGGCGAACGGAUACUUCAUCUACGCCACUAUCGAUUGCGGGAUCGGGUGCGGGAAGGGUGAUCCGGUUGAGUUCGAGCUCGGGCCGAAUGGGCGACUCAUACCCGGGUUGGAUGAGUUACUGACCGGGAUGAAACCGGGCGGGAAGCGACGGGCGUUAAUUAAACCAGAGAUCGCGUACGGGGGCGCGUACAAGUCGUACGAACCUCAACCUCCGGAAUACGGCCAAAAGAGGCAACUCGAGAGACUUUCAGCGAGCAAUGAACCUGUCAUAUUCGAGGUGAAGCUCGUGAAGACGCGUCAAAAGCGUCGAUGA